AUGAUUCACCCCCCGCCCGUUGGGCAAGUCCCCGUGGGGGCGCACGUGACCGGGAAUGGGCCCCACGUCCCCCCCCCGCGCCCCCAUGGACUUCCUCCCGCGCCCCCCGACCACCGGCAGUCCUCCCACCACAUCCACCACCCCCUCUCCACGCACCUGCCCCCCGACGCCCGGCGCAAGAAGGGGGCCCCCAAGAAGGGCAAGAAGAAGCCCCGCCGCCCCUCGGCCCCCGGGGAGACCCCCACCAUCGAGGAGGCCGAAGAGGAUGAGGAGGAGGCGGGCGACACCGAGACCGAGCGCUCGGCCGAGGAGCUGCUGCAGCCCCCGCCCCCCGAGGCCGUGCAGUUCUUCCUGCAGGAGGAUGAGGUGCCCGAGCGCCGGGGGGAGGAGCCGGGGACCCCCCCGGCACAGCCCGGACCCCCCCCAGAGCCCCGGGGGUCUGCGUCCCCCAGGGGAGCCCAGGCGGGCAGCCCCGAGGAGGAGCAGGGGGGUCCGUCGGCGGAGGGGGGCUCCCCCGGUCGCCCCGUGGGCAAGUGCCCGCCGGGGGGGCACCGGAGCUACAACCUGCAGGAGCGGCGGCGCAUCGGGAGCAUGACGGGCGCCGAGCAGGAGCGGUACCAGAAGGUGCCCACGGACGAGUCGGAGGCGCAGACACUGGCCUCGGCCGACCUGGACUACAUGAAAAGUGAGGGGGGGCACCCCGACACCGGGGGGGGACACCCUGUGCCCGGGAGGGGGACACUCCGCCACCGGGGGGGCCGUCGGCGCAGCCGGAGCCGUGCCCCGGGGCCAGCGUCCCCCCGGCCCCGUCAGGUGUUUGUGGAGCUGAACGAGCUGGUGGUGGACAAGAACCAGGAGCUGCAGUGGAAGGAGACCGCGCGCUGGAUCAAGUUCGAGGAGGACGUGGAGGAGGAGACCGAGCGCUGGGGGAAACCCCAUGUGGCCUCUCUCUCCUUCCGCAGCCUCCUGGAGCUGCGCAAGACCCUGGCCCACGGGGCCGUGCUGCUGGACCUGGACCAGAAGACGCUGCCGGGGGUGGCCCAUCAGGUGGUGGAGCAGAUGGUCAUCACCGACCAGAUCCGGGCCGAGGACCGCGCCAACGUGCUGCGGGCGCUGCUGCUCAAGCACAGCCACCCCAGCGACGAGAAGGACUUCUCCUUCCCCCGCAACAUCUCGGCGGGCAGCCUGGGCUCGCUGCUGGGCCACCACCACGGCGCCACCCACCUGCCCGGGGCCGGAGAGCCCGCCGUCACCGAGCCCCUCAUCGCCGGCCACGCCGCCGAGCACGACACCCGCAUCGACGUGGAGCGGGAGAGGGAGGUCCUGGCCCCCGCGCCCCCCCCCGGCAUCACCCGCUCCAAGUCCAAGCACGAGCUGAAGCUGCUGGAGAAGAUCCCGGACAACGCCGAGGCCACCGUGGUGCUCGUGGGCUGCGUGGAGUUCCUGGACCAGCCCACCAUGGCCUUUGUGCGGCUGCGGGAGGCGGUGGAGCUGGAGUCGGUGCUGGAGGUGCCGGUGCCCGUGCGGUUCCUCUUCGUGCUGCUGGGCCCCAGCAGCACCCACAUGGACUACCACGAGAUCGGCCGCUCCAUCUCCACCCUCAUGUCCGACAAGCAAUUCCACGAGGCCGCGUACCUGGCGGACGCGCGGCAGGACCUGCUGACGGCCAUCAACGAGUUCCUGGACUGCAGCGUGGUGCUGCCGCCCUCCGAGGUGCAGGGCGAGGAGCUGCUGCGGAGCGUCGCCCACUUCCAGAGGGAGAUGCUCAAGAAGCGGGAGGAGCAGGAGCGGCGGCUGCUGCUGGAGCCAAAGUCCCCCGAGGAGAAGGGGGAGAAGACGGAGAACCUGAUCGGGGUGUCGGAGCUGAUCAUCGCCACCUCCCUGCAGGGCGUCCUCUUCUGCCUGCUGGGGGCACAGCCCCUGCUCGUCAUCGGCUUCUCGGGGCCCCUCCUCGUCUUCGAGGAGGCCUUCUUCUCGUUCUGCACCUCCAACGAGCUGGAGUACCUGGUGGGACGCGUCUGGAUCGGCUUCUGGCUCAUCCUCAUCGUGCUGGUCAUGGUGGCCUUCGAGGGCAGCUUCCUGGUGCGCUUCGUCUCCCGCUUCACCCAGGAGAUCUUCGCCUUCCUCAUCUCCCUCAUCUUCAUCUACGAGACCUUCUCCAAGCUAGCCAAGAUCUUCCAGGAGCACCCCCUGCACGGCUGCCUGCGGGCCAACGGCAGCGGGGCGGAGGCGGCGCCGUGGGGCAACGGCAGCGGGGUCCCGGCCGAGGUGCGGGGGCAGCCCAACACGGCGCUGCUCUCGCUGGUGCUCAUGGCCGGCACCUUCUUCAUCGCCUUCUUCCUCCGCAAGUUCAAGAACAGCCGCUUCUUCCCCGGACGGGUGCGUGGGGCAGGCGGGACGGCCCCGGGCCCGCAGAAGCUUAGCGUGCCCAGCGGGUUCUCGGUGACGGCCCCCGAGAAGCGGGGCUGGGUGAUCAACCCCCUGGGCGAGAGGAGCGACUUCCCCAUCUGGAUGAUGGUGGCCAGCGGCCUCCCCGCCGUCCUCGUCUUCAUCCUCAUCUUCAUGGAGACCCAGAUCACCACGCUGAUCAUCAGCAAGAAGGAGCGGAUGCUGCGGAAGGGCUCCGGGUUCCACCUCGACCUCCUGCUCAUCGUGGCCAUGGGCGGCUUCUUCGCGCUCUUCGGGCUGCCCUGGCUGGCGGCGGCCACCGUGCGCUCCGUCACCCACGCCAACGCCCUCACCGUCAUGAGCAAGGCCGUGGCGCCCGGGGACAAGCCCAAGAUCCAGGAGGUGAAGGAGCAGCGGGUCACGGGGCUGCUGGUGGCCGUGCUCGUCGGCCUGUCCAUCGUCAUCGGGAAGCUGCUGCGGGAGAUCCCGCUGGCCGUGCUCUUUGGCAUCUUCCUCUACAUGGGGGUCACCUCCCUCAACGGCAUCCAGUUCUACGAGCGCCUGCAGCUGCUGCUGAUGCCCCCCAAGCACCACCCCGACGUCCCCUACGUCAAAAAGCCGCCCCACCACCCCCUCACCACCACCAUCCCCUCACUGACCAUCAUCACCAUUAUCAUCCUCACCACCCCCCUCACCACCACCAUCCCCUCAGCACCAGUGACCACCAUCACCAUUAUCAUCCUCACCACCAUUAGCACUGUCACCAUCACCACCAUCAUCAUCACCACCUCCACCAGUCACCACUAUCACCACCAGCAUCAUCAACACCAUCAUCACCAUCACCACCCACCAUCAUCACCAAACACCAUCACCAACCACCACCAUCAUCAAAUACCACCACCAUCACCAACCACCAUCCCCCCCCACAACUGCCCAACCAGCCCCGCCAUGGUGGGGGGACCCCGCUCUGAGGGGAGGGGGGACAGUGCCUGCUCCUUCUGA